CCUGGAGCAGCUGAUCUCACCCGUGGCCUUCCCGGCCAACAGCAGCCUAGACCCGUGUGCGAAAGAGACCGUGCUGAAUGCCAUCAAGGAGAGCAGGAAGAGGGCUGUGGAGGAGGAGGAGGAGGAGGAAGAGGACCAGGCUUUUGGGAACGAUCAGGAGAGCAAGAGAAGGCGCCACGAUAGCAGUGGAAGUGGGCAGUCAGCGUUUGAGCCGCUGGUAGCCAACGGUGCCCCCGCCUCUCUCGUACCCAAGCCUGGCUCUCUGAAGAGGGGCCUUGUCUCACACUGCCCGGAUGACUGCUCAAACAAGAGGUCACGCACCUCUUCCAUGAGCUCCCUGAACAAUACGUACGCUGGCGGGAUCCCCAGCUCCAUCCGCAAUGCCAUCGCCAGCUCCUACAGCUCCAGCCGGGGCCUCUCGCAGCUGUGGAAGAGAAGUGGUGUGAGCAUGUCCUCGCUGUCCAGCCCAGCAUCCUCCCGCUCCCAGACACCGGAGUGGCCUCUCAAGAAAGCCAGGGAAGAGGAGAUGCAUCGCUCCAACGCUUCCACUCCAGUGAAAUCGGACAAGGAGCUGCAGACAGAGAAAGUGGCGGAGACGCCGGUGCGGAAGAAGCAGAAUUCCCUGAGCCCGCCAUCCGCGUCGGAGAGCAGCGGGAAACGCAAGCGGAAGAUCCAGUUGCUGUCGUCUCGCCAGGGAGACCAGCUGGCGCUGCCCCCACCGCCUCAGCUGGGCUACUCCAUCACGUCGGAGGACCUGGAUGCGGAGAAGAAGGCAGCGUUGCAGUGGUUCAACAAAGUCUUGGAGGAUAAGGCUGACGCGGUCCCCAGCACCACUGCAGAGACUGCUCCCGCGGCCAGGCCGCUGGCCUUUGCCGUGACUUCCCCGGGGCCUGUGCCUGCCUCAACAGCUCCCUCCGCGGCCACCUCCAACUCGCUCCUGGACAGCCUGAAGAAGAUGCAGAGCAGCCAGGCUGCGCCCACGCCAGCAGCGCUGCUGGCAGCGGAGCUGGCGGGAGGUCUUGAGGGGGGCGAGUUUGGGGACAUGGAGCCUGUGGCCCUCUUGGGAGCUGCGGUAGCCUGGAGGGCUGGACUCCACUUGGUAGCGUCCCAGCCGCCUGCGUCGGCCGCCCGCCCGCCCGCUCCUGCUGUAUCGCUGGAGUCGAGUUCUCUGCCUGCCACCUCUGCUGACACCAAGCCCGUGCCCGUGUUGAGCACCGCUGCCCCCACUGCCCCCCCUGCCUUGGAGGCGCAGAUCUCCAGCAGCCUGGCACCUGCUGCGUUCACGGAGCUGGGCCAGACCCCCAGCAAGCCUCCCUCCUUCCCGAAGCCGAGCGUCCUUUUCGGGAUGCUGAACGCUCCUCCUGCCAGCCAGCCG